GUUGAUUUUGCUGCCACGGACCUGGAGGAGGUCUUGCGCUUGUCCUUCGGAGGCAAUGAAGUUCUCGGGGUUCCCAGUUCUGUCCCCGUGGCGCCGGCUUUGCGAUGCGCUAUGUUGCUGAGCAGUUUGUUUUUCAGCGUGUUCUUGGCAGUCAUAUUGUUGCGCUUGAGCCGCUUCAUGACCAACACGAAAGAGGUGACAACAUCUUCCAUUGAAGCACGUCUGGUCAAGGCAACGGAGGCUCUUUCAUUGGUGCCGGUGAUUGCGAUUUUGAUGAUUGGAACGAGGUUGCGUGCUGUCCAGCUGGCGGGCAAUGCUCUUGGAGCACCACCAAUCUGGGCACAACUGUGCAUGUACGGUGCCACCCUUGCUUGCUUCGUGCGGUUCCUCGCUGAUGUGUCGACAACUCGCCAUGGCGAGUCUGAAUUGCAGGAAAUCAUGGUGACGGCCAUGGGCGGCAUCCGGCACACCGCGACUGCAUUCUUGUUUGCGUGCUGCGGCGCCAUAAUCUUUAGCGCGCUCGUCAUGGAGGCAGAGGUGGGCGUCAGCGAGCCUUUGGGACCAUCCAUGCGUUGCACGCUGGCCCUGGUUGUGGCAUACUUGGUGGAGAGCUGCGUCCGGGAGAUUGUCGCUGCGCCCCGUAAAGCCCGCAAGAUGGAGGACCCCCCUUACGGCGCCAUCUCGCCAAUGUCAUCUGCAGACUUGGAAGAAGACCCGCUUGUGCUUCCAACGCGGAUAUCCUUGCAGUUUCCUCCCAUGCUGUGCGUGCUUUUGGUUGCUAUCGCUCUCCGCGCAGUUCAGCUGCAGCUCCAGACCAGGACCUGGGCAGCUUGUGCUAUGUAUGUGACCACAGCUGCAACCAUUCUCCAGGCUGCCCGUUCCGUUUACGCAACCAUUCACAAUCAGGAUAUUCCAAGAAGUUCCUUGCUUGGUGAUGAAGCAGCUGGGCCGGCGGUCUCCCCGAAUGUGGCCCUGGACCGGCAGACGCUUGGAGCGUUCUGGGCUGGAACCACAUGCUGCAUCUAC